AUGUUCAAGAAGAAGCCCACCAUCAAGAACCUUGCGCCUUUGCGCUCUUCUGAUCGAAGGAAGAUCGCCGACCAGAUUAUCGCUGAUUACAAGAUCGAGAUCCCCUCAUCGAGUGCGCCCACCGAGCCCAGCGGUGACGAUCCGGCUGCCCCCAGCAGCGCAUCCAACCCGACGGCACCAAACCUCACCUCGAUCCGGAAUGCGCUUCUCCCCGACAACUGCCUGUCCGCGCGCUUCACGACGACGGCCGGACCGCAGCUCCGCGAGGUUCAGGGUACCGUCUACGUGGGGACGCAUCCCGGAGGCGACGAGCGCGUCCUGUGGUUUAAGGUCGACCACGGCCCCGGCGCCGACGGGCGCCUCUACCCGACAGUCUACACACUAUGGCACAAUGCAGACUUAGUACCUCUGCUUCACACUCCGGGCAUGGUCAUGCAGAAGCUCCAGGGAGGUGCGGAUCUGAUGACUCCGGGCAUCGCGAACGAGCCGCCGUUCGACGAGCGUGCGGUUAAAGGUGCGGUCGUCGCCGUGGCGGAUCUGGACAGGUAUACCGUGCCGCGGUUCGUAGGAGUCUGUGAGAUCGAUGUUUCGGCGCUGGGAGAAGUGCAGGGCGCUAAGGGUCAUGCUGUCCGUGGACUUCACUGGGAGGGUGACGAGCUCUGGGCUUGGAGUUCGUCGUCCAAGCCUGGUCAACCGGCUCCCGAAUACUUGGAAGGGUGGGACGACGUCGAAGAGGAGGACAGCGGCGAGACGAAGGAGAUUGAGAGAGCAGUGAAUGAUCUUCAAUUGGAUGAGCAGGCUCCUGCUCAGGCUGCAGGAGACGACGAGGCUUUUGCUGAAGCACCACAACCGGUCGAGGAAGAGCCUGUCGUGGAGGAGAAAGAGCCAUCGACCAAAGAGAUUGACGAAGCCUUCGAGAAGGCCUUCCUUUACUCGUUAUACAAGCUCAAACAAGAUAACCCUUCAGCGCCCAACCACGGCUUGUCCUUACCAGUCCAGCCGUCCGCGCUGGUGUCGAACAUGAUCACGCCCUACCUUCCCAUUCACACCCCCCGACAGGCUCAAUUCUACCAGAUCAAGAAAACGAGCUGGAAGAAUGUGAAAAAGUUCAUCAAAUACCUCGACAAGCAGCGCCUGGUCAAAUCCAAGGACCGCAACGGCCAGGAAACCGUGAUUCUAGACGUCGACUUCAACGAUCGCCGGGUCGAGCAGUUCGUCCCCUACCGACUGCCCUCCAAGAAUGCCGCCGAGAACAACGCCGCCGGCAACAAAGCCGGCGCCGCCCCGACCAGCAGCAAAGCCAUCGCCUCCUCCGACAGCGACCCCUCUGUGGGCCAGACGCUUACCGUGCAGACCCUGUACCGACCGACGGGCAAGCUGGCGCCGACCAUCUUCCCGGCGCUGUCCAGCACACACCCCAGCAACUACUACAAGUACGCCGACGUCUCCGCCCACCUGGACCAGUACCUGCAGUCGCAGAGCCCGCCGCUGAUCGACCCCCACAACAAACGCAUCGUCAACCUCAACCCCUUCCUCGCCACCACCGUUUUUGCUUCGGGCUCGUCAGACGACCGCAGCACCCUCGCCCGCGGCAAGUCCACCCGCGACGCCCUCCUGAAACGCCUCGUCGACGACCACGCCCUCCUGACGGCCCACUACGUGAUCCUGAAACCGGGCCAGACGCUGGCCGGUGGCGUCAAGCCCAAGGCCGGCGCCGCCCCCAAGGCCACCAUCACCCUCGAGCGCCGCACCGGCUCCAAGACCGUCACCAAGGUCUCAGGCCUGGAGGUCUUCGGCAUCAUCCCCAGCCUGCUGGCCGAGGAGCUGCAGAAGAAAUGCGCCAGCAGCACCAGUGUCGCCCAGGCCACGGGCGCAGCUAAGGGCGUCAUGGAGGUCUUGAUCCAGGGUGAUCAGCGACGGGCGCUGGAGGAGGCACUAUCCCGGCGCGGACUGCGCUCGCAAUGGAUCGAUGUCGUCGAUAAGACCAAGAAGAAGAAAUAA